GGUUCAAGGCGCUCAAUCCUCAGCUUACAUUCGUUCGCAAGCCCCACGAGGCACCACUCACACCCGACGAUUAUCUCCCUAGUGUAAUGACCUGUGCACAUUAUCUCAAACUGCCAUCGUACAGCUCCAAGAAUCUCAUGGAAAAGAAGCUCUUGAUUGCCAUGCGCGAGGGCACUGGUAGCUUCCACCUGUCAUAA